CGUAUCAUCCGUAGUUAUUCGUAUCCGAUUUUUAAUUUUAAAUAUUAUAAGCCGAAUACUACGUAAUCUAACUGUCUAUCGACGUUUUAAUUUUUUUUUUCUAUAAAUUAAACACAUAUUUUCCAAGCUAUUCUAUGAUGGAGAAUAAUCUUGGUAAUCAUGAAUCGUGACAUAAGUACACGAGUCAAUAGUGUUAUUUCCCAAGUUUUAUAAUAUGGAAAAUAAACAAGUGAUUUUUUUCCCCAAAACACUAUUAGAGACUAGUGACGUUACGGUUGAACUAUUAGGAUUCAUCAAGCUUAUAAAAAACGUCAGGUAUUAUUUUGUACUUCCAAAUUAUAUAAAGAACACCAACACAGGAUGUAAAGUGAAUAUAAUAGGCCACUUUACCAAAACUGAUUGUCGGGUUUGUUUCAAACGUACAGUCGCUAAUAUUCUGUGCAUUACUGAAAUCGAUGGAAAUUUAAAUGCAAGUUUGUUGCCUGGACAACUUGAUAAUUUUGUGCUCGUCAUAUAUGAUGCUUCAAGAUUGUACGACUAUGGGACACUAUUCAAAUAUGAAGGUGAUACUCAGAAAUUCAUUAGUUUUAUAAUGCUGUCCAAAUGGCUAUCUAGUACAGAAAAUGUGCAGAAACAGUAUCUUCUAUCAGAAGUUGUAAUGUUUCAAAGAUUUACUAAGUAUAUGUUGAUUAUACUCAAUAUGCUUAUAAGCAGUCUUGAAACAAAGAUUGUACAGUUUACAAUAUUGCGAUUGACAUUAUUUAAACACAUAUUGGGCGUAAUCAAAAAUUAUGUUUGGCUCAUCGACAAUCUCCUACACAAUAAACACAUUUUAUCAAGAGCAAAAUCAAUUAAUUAUUUGAUGUCAUGUAUUUGUGAUGCAGUUCUUGGAAUAAUAAUCCUGUAUAUUCUUAAUACUACAUUUACUUCGUCAAACGAAUUAUUCUCUUACAUUUCAAGUAUUUCACAUCAAGUGAUUAAAGUGCUACAGGGUACGUUGCAAUGGCUUAUGGGUAGUCCAGCAGGGUUAAAACUCAAUGAUCCUCUUAACAGUUUACUUGGAACAUGUUUUCUUUAUUUAGUCAAUCUCUGGUGGUCAUUUUUAGUAUUAUGUCGGCCAUUCUUGGAGUUAACAUUUCAAGUUUAUGUUUUCAUUGGUAUUUUUGGAUUAUCUUAUCAAAUAGCAAUCAUAGAAGAUGUAUUGGCAAUAGUCAGUUUUCAUGUUUAUUGCAUUUAUGUGUACGCAGCAUGGCUAUAUAACUUACAACGUAAGAGUCUCAUGAUAUUGGCAAAACUUUUCGUGGGAAGAAGUUGUAAUCCACAACCAGGAAGGACUACACCUUACACCACACAACAAUUGUAUGUGGGAACCAUAUCAUUUGCAAUAUUGUUGUUUCUAUUACCGACAACUUUGAUCUACUACAUUGUAUUUGUAGUUAUGCGAGCAAUUAUGGUUAUGGCAAAAGGGAUUUUAAUACGGUUAAGGUACAUGCUGCAAGUUCUUCCUGUGUACACGACAUUGAUAUGGUUUGUUAAGCCGAGCAGUUCUGCAGGUAUAAUAAAAAUGAACAUAGUCAACAAUGAGAACUCGAGUACAGUGGUUUUGAAUACUACGAUCGUUGCAGAUUCGUGGUGGGCCACAGUGAAGCAUUAUCUUCCAGAGUUGGUUGAACAGCCACCCUCAGUAUCUUGGAUGACUUUAACAAAACGUGUUUGCACGGGUAAAAUAUUGUAUCCAAUUUAAUUGAAAAGAUACAAAUACAAACAAAUUAGAACAUUUAAA